AUGGAGAACGUGCGCGAACGCGUCGACGUGAAAUUGGUAACGACAUGGGACGGACGGUACGGCGCGGAGGCGUUGAUCGCGAAACCGAAUUUCCACAGCCGCUGCUGCGUCUUUGCGGAAAACUUGAUCGCGGUCGAAUUGCGUAAGCUCGAGGUGAAGUUCGACAAACCGAUUUACGUAGGCCGUUUACACGAUUCCACAAGAGAUGAUAAAUCUACAGGAAUAUUGGAAGAACUGGUUCGCAUUAAUGAAGAUAAAGAUGUAUCACUUAAAGAAGAAUAUUUCGAUGUACUAGAUGAUGAUGAAUUAGAUGCAUUUGAUUUAAUUGUAUACGGAAUACCGCGAAAUAUACAUGUACGUGCUGAUUAUUUUGAAAAAUAUGACGACUUAAACUUUUUUAGAAGAUUUAGGUUACGAAAACAGUCCGUUAUUAAUAUAUUAGAACAAAUUCAAGAUCGCCUAGAGUAUACACAUAACAGAAAUAAUCCGGUAACACCAAUGCAACAAUUGCUCAUUGCUCUACGUUUAUACUCGACUAAUGGAUUUUUGAUAACAAUGGGUGAUUAUGGUGGAAUGGAUAAAUCUACAGUUUCAAGAAUAAUGGUGAGAGUGUCUGAGGCUAUAGCUUCAUUGGCAAACAUUUACAUAAAAUUACCACAAACACAGGAAGACAUUUUACGAACUCAGAGAAAUUUUUUUAAUAUUGCUGCAUUUCCAAAAGUAAUUGGUGCCAUUGAUUGUACACAUAUAAGAAUACAAUCUCCAGGUGAUAGUGCAUACCCUGCAAGACCUUAUUUAUUUACACCAUUACUAAAUCCUCAAGGCCCUGCUCAACAAUUAUAUAAUGAAUCACAUAUCAGAACAAGAACUAGAGUAGAACACACGUUUGGUCUUUGGAAACGUAGAUUUCCAAUAUUAGCAUAUGGAUCUCGUUUACAAAUCAAUACAGUAAUGACAAUAAUCAUAGCAACUGCUGUAUUGCAUAAUAUAGCACAACGUCAAGGGGAAGAUAUUCCUCCACCUGUUGAUGAAGAAUUUGAUAUUUUAGAAAUUAUUGCACAUAAUCGUGUACCAGUUCUUCCUUAUCAUCAAAAUAAUGCAGGCAAUGCAGGUCUACUAGCACAUUAA